GAGAGGAAAGGAUCGAGUUAAACCGGCCGGUCCACCUCGAAAGGCGUCGCCUUUACCAGUUGGUGAAGCUUCUGCCGGAGUCAACAACAAAGCAGUCGUUAAUGGCUGAAACAUCAGUAGGGUUAGUUCUCUAAUCACUCCAAAUUCCAUAAAUCUACUUCCUUUCUUCCAUAUGGCCAAGAACAAGGGACGCCACACCCGUACUUUACUAGAACCCGCAGCGGAAUUCAAUUUCUCCUCAACCUCAGCUUCUUCAUCACUAUCUUCCGUUCGAUCACUCGCCGUUUCCACCUUCAACGAUUCCCAAACCCUAAUUUACAUCGGUACAGAAACUGGAAACCUCCUUUUACUCUCCUUAAUCCCCAGCAUUUCACCGAUCAAUUCCAAUUCGAAUGAUUCCAGUCACCGCCAGAGUUCACCUGUAGUCUCGUUUCUUCGAUCUGUAUCCAUUAGUGCACGACCUGUUGACGCUAUAGAGGUGAUCGAUCACAUUGGUCAAGUUCUGUUGCUAUCAGAUGGAGUUAUGUUUAUGGUGGACUAUCAGUUGCUUCAGUCUGUGAGAAAAUUGGGUUCUUUUAAGGGUGUAAAUGCUGUUGUGAGGAGAGUGAAGAGUAGCACUAGUUCAGCGUCGAAUUUGGUUGCUGAUGUUGGUGUUUCUUUUAGUUCAUUGGAGCUCUCAAGCACUGGGCAACGUUUGUUACAGAAAUUAGGAGGUGGGAUGAGGUCUAAUGGUGUAAAGACAAAAGAACUGGAUCUGCAGAAGGAUGGGAACUGCAUUUUCGCUAUUUCCAUUGCGAAAAGAUUGAUACUUGUAGAUCUAGUUCUAAGUGGUAGAACAAGUAGGAAUGACAAGCAUGUUGAUGGAGAUAUUGGAUCAUUCCUAAUUCUUAAAGAGAUUCAAUGUGUUGAUGGGGUUAACACUAUGGUUUGGAUCGACGACUCGAUAAUAAUCGGAAAUUCAUCUGGUUAUUAUCUGUAUUCUUGCGUGACAGGACAAGGCGGUUUGAUUUUUUCUCUCCCGGAUCUCUCCAGUCACCCAAAGCUGAAAUUAUUGCCCAAAGAGCUCAGGGUUCUAUUGGUAGUAGACAAUGUUGGUAUUACUGUUAAUUCUCAGGGUGUACCGGUUGGUGGUAGCCUUGUCUUUCGUGGUGCUCCAGAUUCAAUUGGUGAGAUUGGCUCAUGUAUUGCUGCAUUGAAUAAUGGAAAAAUGGACUUGUUUCAUAAGAAAACAGCUAACUGCAUUCAAGUGAUAUCUUUUUCUGACCGAGCAAUCGGUCCUGCUUUCGUAACAGAUAUAGAAAAUGCUGGCAGACAGAUUGUUGUAGUAGCUACUCCAAAUAAGGUUAUUUUCUUUCACAAAGUUCUUCCAGAUGAACAAGUUAAAGAUCUGCUGCGUAAGAAGAACUUUGAGGAAGCUAUCUCGUUGGUUGAGGAACUUCAAGUUGAAGGUGAAAUGACUAGUGGAAUGUUGUCCUUUGUCCAUGCUCAAGUGGGAUUCCUCUUGCUGUUUGAUUUGCGGUUUGAGGAAGCUAUAGACCACUUCUUACUUUCGGAAACUAUGCAACCUUCAGAAAUAUUUCCAUUUAUUAUGCGAGAUCCAAAUAGAUGGUCUUUACUGGUACCAAGAAACCGGUAUUGGGGUCUGCAUCCUCCUCCAGUACCUCUGGAGAAUGUUGUUGAUGAUGGAUUAGUGGCUAUACAAAGAGCUAUUUUCCUUAAGAAAGCAGGCGUGGAGUCAGCAGUAGAUGAUAAUUUCCUUCUUAAUCCUCCAAGUAGAGCUGAUUUACUGGAAUCGGCAAUCACAAGCAUAAUCAGAUACUUGAAUGUUUCUCGAGAAAAGGAAUUAACUACUUCAGUGAAGGAAGGAGUGGACACACUUCUAAUGUACCUUUAUAGAGCCCUAAACUUCGUUGAGGAUAUGGAGAAGCUUGCAUCUUCUGAGAACAGUUGUAUAGUGGAGGAGUUAGAAAUUUUGUUAAAUGAAUCUGGUCAUUUAAGGACACUUGCCUUCUUGUAUGCAAGUAAAGGAAUGAGCUCUAAAGCUCUUACUAUAUGGCGUAUUUUGGCAAGAAAUUACUCAUCAAGCAACAGGAACGCCACUACAGGAGAUAAUGAGUCGCUGCUGUCUUCUGUUAGGGAGAAUGCUGCAAUUGAGGCAUCAAAAAUCUUAGAGGAGUCUUCUGAUCAGAACUUGGUAUUGCAACAUCUUGGAUGGAUUGCAGAUAUCAACCAAGAGCAUGCGAUUCGAGUAUUAACUUCAGACAAAAGAACCAUUCAGCUGUCACCAGAUGAAGUAAUAGCUACAAUUGAUCCAAAAAAGGUGGAAAUUCUUCAAAGAUAUCUCCAAUGGUUAAUCGAAGAGAAAGAUUGUGAAGACACUCAAUUUCAUACGACGUAUGCUCUUUUGCUAGCCAAAUCUGCCAUUGAAAGAUUCGAAACAGAGAAUUUAUCAGUUAAUGAGUAUUAUGACGGUACAAAUGAUUCAGAUAUCCAAGCGAUAAUCAGAGAAAGAUUGCAGAUCUUUCUGCAAUCUUCAGAACUUUAUGAUCCAGAAGAGGUCCUUGACUUGAUUGAAAGCUCAGAACUUUGGCUUGAAAAGGCUAUUCUAUACAAGAGGCUAGGACAAGAAGCUAUUGUGCUCGAGAUCCUUGCUUUGAAGCUAGAGGACAGUGAGGCUGCUGAGCAAUAUUGUGCAGAGAUUGGUAGAUCCGAUGCCUAUAUGCAGUUGCUCGAUAUGUAUUUGGAUCCAAAAGACGGAAAAGAGCCCAUGUUUAAAGCUGCAGUUCGACUUCUUCACAACCAUGGUGAAUCAUUGGAUCCUUUGCAGGUCCUAGAGAGACUAUCAGCUGAUAUGCCACUUAAUCUCGCCUCCGAUACAAUACUGAGGAUGUUGAGAGCCCGACUUCAUCAUCAUCGUCAAGGACAAAUUGUUCACAACCAAUCUAGUUCAGUACACAUUGAUGCGAGUUUGGGGAGAUUAGAAGAACGAUCGAGACAUGUACAGAUAAACGACGAGAGUAUAUGCGAUUCAUGUCAUGCUCGUCUCGGGACCAAGUUAUUUGCAAUGUAUCCUGACGAUACCAUUGUAUGUUACAAGUGCUUUCGUCGUCAAGGUGAAACCAAGUCCAUCACUGGUAGAGAUUUCAAACAAGACCCUAUUAUCAGACCCGGUUGGCUUGUCACCCGAUAACUGUAAAAAAAAAUUGAAAAAAAAUCGUCGAAAACAUCUUGGCAGAGUUCAAUAUAUGAUAGUCUGGAACUGUUUUUAUUUUGGAAGGUAAUUAACUACAAAGAGCUAAAAUGUAUAGCAGGCCUUGCACGUUUAGGAAUAUAAUAAAAUAUAUUUUAUUGAUUUGU